AGCGGGGUUUAGUCAAGUAAAGCAGAAGGCGAAAGAAAGACAGAAGCGGAGGGCCUGCCUGACGACGCCCAAGGAGGCUCCCGUGAAAGGAACUACCAUGGAAGGAAGUAGCACUUGCCGCCUUGCAUAGCAUGUCGAGAAGACUUUUCCUUUCAAAUAUUAAUUGUAUGCCCCCUAUGAAAGGGUUAGAUCGUCUAGAUACCGAACAUAGACUCUAAUCCAUUAAUGAGAUAGAGGGAAGUUACAAGACUUUGGAAAGAGCUAUAAGGGAAUUACAUUUCAAGAUGAUCCGCAAUGGCUUGUUCCUUACUAGCCUAUUAAAUAAAGGCUUUCGCUCCGCUCACACAUUUCGACCAGGCACAGCAGACGAUCCCGGAACACUCACUAGAAAGCCCAAUAGCCGAUUUUUUAACAUGAUUAUCCGCAACCCCCGAUUCCUCGCAACAAGCACCGUAGCAGUAUAGGAACCUUCGACUUGUGGUUCCGCUCUUACUCGUGCAAAUGUUGGAGAAAUUACUGCUAGGGGAAUGGGAUGGAUGGCACUGGUCUUUAUUUCUUUAGAGGACAAGGCAAAGACAUAUGGCUAUUUCCGAGCAGUUAACGGAUAUGGGCUGCGGUAAGCAUUCCUUGGGCGAAGAGCAGUAAGUUGUUCCAGAAGGGAGUUACGAAGUAACUCGACUGAAAGGAGAGGAGCGAAGCAGAUGCAUUACCGGCUAACUAUCAAUUGAUAAAUCAAUCGAAGGCAGAUGCUAUAUCAUAAGAAAAGAAAGAUCGGAUCGUAGCCGAUGUUACAAAAGAAGCUGUUACUGUUGCCGCUUCUCGUAACCGGUGUUCUUGUUACAGUAAGCGCUGCAAUUGAAUCCACUCUUGGCCUAUCAGCUCUUGUGCACUCAUUGGCUGCUCACUCAGUAUUGGACUCACCAUAGCGCGCUAAAGCAGAAUGAACAGGACAUGUAACGAAUCCCCAUCCGACAAAGGCAAGGCGAAGAGCUCAGCGAACAGAGUAAAGCCAAACCUUCAACGAGAGACUAAUCAUCUCUUUCUUUCUGAUUGACUGGAGCAGGAAUCGUAAACUUCUAACCCGAGGGAAAACAUGGUAUACAUCCCAAUCAGUAAUCUAUGGAUAAAUUGCCCUUCAAGGGCUAACAAUGGAAUAGGGUAGGUGUAAUGCUAAGAAUUAAUUUAUUAGAUUGAUUUCUAGCCGGAGUGUAAUUCCUGCUAUUGCUAUUUUUUCAGUAGCUGCCUAGGCAUAAGUAGUAGUUGUUCUUGCCCCUCUCAGUUGAGUGUUCAGUGCUUGUCGCUGGGAGUUAUCUUCCCCUCUAACUAACUAUUAAUUUCAUAAGAGAAGCAGCAAAGUCUUGCUUACUAUCUCCUCCAUCUAAGUCAGAGGAGGUUCAAGCUUAUAGGUAGUGGCCUAAGCGCUAAGAAGCUAUUGGCCGUUAACACAUGCAAUUCGAACGAAGUGAUCUUGGAUGAGUCUUUGAGAUUCCGUAAGUAACUCAGUGCAUGCUUUCUAAAGAAUAAGAAAAUGAAAUACGAACAACCGCGCUGGUCGUAAUAGUAAUAGAUCGAAAUCCUAAUCUCAUGAAUAUAAUUCGUUAUUUCAUUCUCAUGACUUCCAUGUUUUUUGGGCGUUUUCUAGGAUCAGAAGGAACCGCUAUAAUAAGCACGGGCAGAAAUCUUGUGUUUUUCGCAAUGCUAAUCUUGGUCUUUAUCUGUAUUUUACGUUUUUAUUCUUCUUGUUUGAAGAAGAGGUAUGGCUGUCGACUUGUCUUUAUUCUGUAUUUUUUCCUUGUUUUUUUGAUCUCUUUCUAUUGCUCCAGUAUCCGCCUGCACUUACUUUAUAACCUAGGUAUUUAUAUGAAUGGAGCUCUACCCUUUUUUUAUUUUGGUGCAUUUAGUGGGGAAAUAGGCCCUUCCAAUUCAGGUUCCGGCCCAUCACGCUCGACCCCAGAAGAUUCUUUCGAGAUUCGGGUCUUAAUGGAACCCUUUUCCGAGACUGAGAAUGAGGGCACGUCGGCUCGUUAUUCGAUCCCAAGGGUGGCGGGCGAUGAAGCCGGACCUUCGCACCAAGGAUCUGUGGUCCAAAAUGCGAGCUUGGAAGCGUCCCUGCGCAAUCGCGUUCUAAGACUCGAGCAGGACAAUAGCCCCUAUCUUCUAGAUAAGGCAAAGGGGGAGUACUGGGCUCACAUAAAACAAGAGCUGGAUCAUGCUUCCUCUCAGAGGGAGUAUAGCGGGUUACUGGAGUUUGAGAACAGAGACCUCCAGAUCCGGGAGCGUAAACAAGAAUGUUUACGUCUAUUUAACCUCGUGUUGUCUCAGCAUCCCCCCUUGGCCGAAGAGGCCCCCUACAAUCCUAAAGAAGCCUUUAUGGACUUCUUAGACCAGAGGCGCGACCUGCUGGACCAGCAACAGCAUGAGCUUCCAGUAUGGAAAAGAGACGCUCUGGAGCUCAACAGGUUAGAUAUAGUGAGGCAAGGGCUUAAAAAAGGAGGCCCCGCCUAUGUAAGAGAAACAAUUUUCUAGUCAAAAAAAAAAAGGGACCUCUUAUUAAGUUUAAGUGAAAAAACAACAGAUAUUGACUUUUGAUUUAUCUUCCAUUGCUAAUGUAAGGAAAUGAGACGACUCUUUCUUGAACUAUAUAAUAAAAAGAUCUUCCCCUCCACACCAAUCACGAGUUUUUCUCCAUUCCUCUCGUAUAUCGUCGUAACGCCCUUAAUACUAGGUUUUGAAAAAGACUUUUCAUGUCAUUCCCAUUUAGGUCUGAUUCGGAUCCCUUCGUUGUUUUCUUUUCCUCCCGCACCUUUUCCUCGAAAUGAGAAAGAAGAUGGUACACUCGAAUUGUAUUAUUUAAGUGCUUAUUGCUUGCCAAAGAUCCUACUUCUACAAUUGGUAGGUCACCGGGUUAUUCAAAUAAGUUGUGUUUUAUGUGGUUUUCCCAUGUUACAACUUCCGUACCAAUUCGGUCGAUCCGGAAUGGAUCGGUUAAACAUUCCAUUAGGGAGCCUGGUCUUUACUCUUCUGUGUGGUAUUCAUUCUCGUUUAGCUCUUGGAAUCACAUCCAGCAGUGGUUGGAACAGCUCGCAAAAUCCAACCACUUCACCUACUUCAUUGCCCCCAACCGUUUCUCGUACCUCUAUUGAAACAGAAUGGUUUCAUGUUCUUUCAUCGAUUGGUUAUUCCUCUCCGUUCGUAUCUCUUUUUCCAAUUGCGGUCUCAAUGAGUUUACAAGAUUGAAUGGCCAAUUAUCUUCCGGACCCUCGAUUCGAUUGUUUUCCAAGAAUGUUGAGCCGGGUAUGUAAGCCAUGUAUCUGGGAGGAACUUAAAAGAAGGGCUCUCGGUUUUUUGCACCCUGUUUUGGUCUUGCAGCUAUUUUUUUAACUAAUAUAGAAUUCUUUUUAAAUUAUAAAGAAUCUCUUAUUAUAUAUAUGUCCAAUCUCUAGUGGUGGUGGAACCAACCAAGAUGUAUGUCGUCCGACCCGACCUCAGACUCUUUCUUCCCUACCUAUUUGACUCUCUGGCAGCAGUUAUUUAGGUGGUAUCCCGAGAUUGAAGAGAUCGAAUUCAUCCCGGGAACACACGAAACAAAGAUAUGAACUAGGUAAAUAAAAAUGGAAAAGAGAUGUUUCCAAAUCAGAAGCUUUUUCUACAUCCAUAUGAUCUACUAAAGUAGAUCGAUAUUGCCCAUAUAAUGAAAGCAGAUCUUGGUCCAUGGAGUCCCAUGAAGGUAAGAACUCCAACCUGUCCGAUGCUUCUUCGGCCAAAUACAAUAUACAAGUGGGACCUGCACUAUGAGCAAGCUGUGCGAAAAAUCGCUUCUUUUUUCCGGUUUCGCAACAACUUGGGCGAAAUGGGGUUCUACCGGGAAACCAUUGAUUUUAGAGUUUUCGCCAUUGGUUACUGGUCGAGCCACUGGAAUGGAAUGAGAUAAGAAUCUCUGGAGAUCUUUCCUCUCCACUUACUCGUAACAGGCUUUCCCUCUUUAGAAGACUUCUGCCGAAUGGCAUAAUUGUCCGAAACUCCGUUCCUCGAUCUUCAAAGAAGACUGACUCCUCCUUCUCCUUUAGGAUAGGAUCAUCGUUGGUCCUUCUUUCACUAAUGAUCUCACCAUUCAUUUUCUAGUAGUUUCGCGCGAACGCGCGAGGGACUAUCCUUUCUAUCGCUUGCGCUUGCUUUUCACUCUCAAAACAACGGUCUCUCUCUUCUAUAAAGCGAAGCAAAGCGCAUGGCGCUGAAGUGAAGAAAGCUCAAUAAACACACACGAACACGAUGCAGGGCAUAGCAUAAAUGAGACCGCUGAUCAUUUCAUAAAACAUAUAUGCUUGACCUUUCUCGAUGCUUUGGGGUGACUCACCAUCUCAACAUACAUAAGCCCAGCAGUGAUCGAUGACAGAAUGGUACGAACAAAUCAAAGUCAUUGGAUUUGGUAGUUCUCCAUUGACUUCUCUCUUUACCCCUUUGCAUAUGUUCCUAAAAGGGUGUGCACCUCCAGAUGGGCGGGGGCCGGCCUCCCACUCUCUUAUGCAGCAUUUAUUAGCUUAGCUGAGUUAGGCUUUUGCGUACCCAUUAGUACUCGUCCGUGCCACCUUGUGUAAUGCAUAAAACCAAAUCGCUGACCGGUGGGGACUCUCCCAUCAAUGAAUGAGGUGCUUUUUAUGCACUCCCAAAUUUUCUUGGUUGGUGGAGAUCUCGACCUCUUCCGAGCCAAAGCUAAAAAGGAAGUCGGAGCUUGGUCCAUAUCGAGAAAAAACGUUCGUAAUGAACGGAUCUCCGAUGGUCGAGCCUGCCAAGGACACGGAACUCAGCACCACCUACCCGGGCCAAGGUACUCAACCUUUGGAAAGGGUCUUUCAUGUGAAUUGCGAACAACCCACAAGGGUGGUAUGAAUGAAACAUAGUUUGAAUAGGGGCAAGUCUAGAGCUGUGGUAUGGAAAAAAGAUUAUAAAAAAAACCUAAUCUCUUUACUUAGUCAGAGUCAUUGUUUUACCGUUUCUAUCUGCAUGACUGCUUUCUUAUGAUGAGUAGUGCCCAUCACUCGCCUCUCUGUCCCUGUAUGAAGGAGCAUCCACUGCGCUUACUAGUGGGUAUGAUGAAAGUCAAGAGCGGGUCUCUCAGAAAAAGGACCUUAUAUGUAUCCGUCUCUGUUACUCGAACUAGCCACCCCGUCGGGAACCGUGUCCCCUUUUCCCCUGCAAUGAAGGGCGGAUGGCUUAGCCUUGCCUUUUGAAAGAAA